UUCAGAAACUUGCUGUGUGUUUACCACGGGUUCUGCCAACCAGCUCGAGAGGGGACUUACCUAUUCUUUCAUUAGUCGAGCUUAACAUUAUCUUGAACUAAUUAUUCCUCUACACAUGGCCUUCCUACUGGUGUCAGCUUAUCUUCUGCUAACUCAUGCUCAGUGUGCUCCUGUUGAGAAUGGGGCACUGUUGGAAACACUGAAGUCACAAGUAGGAUUAUUCAGCAAUAAAAGUGAACACUAUUCAGCACAGGUGAGACCUCCUGGCACAAGCCGACAAAUACCUCAGACAAUCAUCAUAGGAGUUCGUAAAGGAGGGACAAGGGCUUUGCUGGAAAUGUUGGAUAUUCAUCCUAAUAUUGUGGUGGCAGCUACAGAAGUCCACUUCUUUGACUGGGAUGAAAAUUAUGUGAAAGGAAUAGACUGGUAUAGAAGUCUGAUGCCAUUUUCUUAUGGAAAUCAAAUUACAAUUGAGAAAACACCAGGCUAUUUUACAUCACCACAGGCUCCGGGAAGAAUUCAUGACAUGAAUAGCUCCAUUAAACUGCUGCUCAUUCUAAGAGAUCCCACUGAGAGAGUUAUAUCUGACUAUACCCAAGUAUAUUACAACAGAGUAGAAAGCCACAAGCCUGUUCAGCUUUUUGAAGAUAUUGUUAUUAAGAAUGGAGCACUUAAUACCAAAUACAAAGCUAUUCAGAGAAGUCUAUAUGAUGUUCAUAUGGAAAAGUGGCUUAAGCAUUUCAGUUUGGAUCAAAUUCACAUAGUGGAUGGCAAUACUUUAAUCAAGGACCCUCUUCCUGAAUUACAGAAAGUUGAAAGAUUUCUAAAUCUUCCUUCCCGAAUUAUGUCUUCUAAUUUUUAUUUUAACCAAACUAAGGGAUUCUACUGCCUUAGAAGUGACGGAAGGGAGAGAUGUUUACAUGAAUCCAAAGGACGUCCCCAUCCUCUUGUUAACAGCAGUGUUUUAGAGCAACUGUAUUCUUACUUCAGAGAGCACAAUGCAAAAUUUUACAGGAUGGUUAAUCAUUCCUUUGACUGGCAUUAA